UUUGGGUGCGCGCGCAGCCGUACUGGUGACCGUUUGCUGCGUUCCUCACAGAACUCUAGUCACCUGGCGAGCCUGAGAAGCCGCGCUCGCGCCGCUGCCCUGGACCCCCCUUCGCUGCAGACUCCCCCGACCCGGGGGCCUCGGACCCCAGGGCUCAGAAGGACGGAGCCGGGGCCGAACCGAAGCUGCCGAGGGCCCUUCCGGUCCCCGCGGCCAUCUCCCAAAUCUGGCCAGGCCUAUGGGACCAGUGAGGAGUUCCUGAACCUUGAUAUUCAGAAACUGAAGGACAAGAAGGACAUGUUGGACAAAGAGAUCUAUCAACUAAUAUCUGAGGGCUACAGUGUGGAUGAACUGGAUGACCACAUCUCCCAGCUCCAUGAGUAUAAUGACAUCAAGGAUGUAGGACAGAUGCUGCUGGGCAAGCUGGCUGUUAUCCGAGGUGUCACAACUAAAGAGUUGUAUCCAGAAUUUGAUCUGGACAUGAGUGACUGAGUAGUGGCGUCCAGCCUCUUGUCUUCAGCCUACUGGGACAGCAGAUGUGCACAGGAAAAGCAGUCAGAGCCCUUCCACUUCACAUGCAAAUUAUGCAGAGAAAAUGCUAGAUUCUGUACUAACUUGGAUGACCCUCUGAGUGUGGAUAGUGCCAAUUCCAGGGUUCCUGAAGGGUCCCAGCGCUUCUUGUUUCUGGACAUGUGCCUGCAUUUUUUCCAUUCUUAAAAUAUUUUU